AGAAAGAGAGAGAUCCCAAACGAAACUCUUUUCAAAUGGCGAGGCCAUCCUCCACCGUUCAUGUCCCCAAUCGACGAUUCCGUUCCGAUCACGAUAACGGCCGUCGCUCACCGCCGGACUAUGACAACUCACCUGACGGCCGCCGCCAGCGUCGCAGCCCCAGCUAUGAAAGGUACGACCGCCACCGAAAACGUUCUUACUCUCCCGAUUUCCCAAGCCCUAGACGAAGCCCUAGGUCCAACGGAGGUCGGAGACUCGGCCGGGCCGGGAACGACCGAUCUUACUCGCCUGAUUACUCGAAUCCUCGACGAAGCCCUAGGUCUAAUGGAGGGCCGGACUCGUUGCCGAGGAGAUUCGGGCGGGCCGGGGACGAUAGGGAUCGGAAUGGAAGGCGGCCGGAGUUGGAGGAUUCCGAUGAGGAGCUGAAGGGGCUGAACUUCGAGGAGUUCAGAAGGCUGAAGAGGCAGAAGCUGAGGAAGGCGUUGAGAGGUUGUAUAUGGAAUGUGACGCCAAGCCCGCCGAGGAAUGAAGAUGACGAGUUCGAAUUGGAGGACAAGGCUGAGGAGAUUCCGGAGGGGUUUGGUGGAGAGGAUGAGGAUUCAGGCGAGAAAUUGAAAGAGAAAGGCAAGAGUGAAUCUGAGUCGGAAUCGGAAUCGGAGGAUUUGAAGUCCAGAAAAAGGAACAAGAGUUCGGGUUCUAAGCGUAGGAGGAAGAGUUCGAAAUAUAGUGAUAGUGAAUCUGAGAGCGUGAGUGAUGAUGAGUCGGAUGAGGAAGAGGAUCGCAGAAGGAGAAGGAAAUCUAGAACUAGGAGUAAGAGGAAGAAGAGCAGAAGAGAGAGGAGGAGGAGGAGGAAGAGUAGGAGGAGUAGCGAUUCGGAUGAGAGCGAAGUGAGUGAUAGUGAGAGUUCAGAUUCUGAUAGGGUGAAGUCAAAGAAGAAGAAGCGAAAGGUGAGCAGCAAGAGUAAGAAGAAGAAGUACUCUGAAACGGAGAGUGAGGAUUCUGGUUCGGAGAAGAGUUUGGAUUCUGAAGUUGAUGCCAAGCCUAAAGCUCUAGUGGCAGUGGAGGAGCCGGAGAUGGAUGAGAAUAGUAUUGAGGCGCUGAAACUGAAGGAAAUUCUUGAGGCUCAGAGGAACCCUUCGUUGGAUUUGGACAAUGAACCUGUGGUUGGGCCAAUGCCGUUGCCGAGAGCUGAAGGGCAUAUUAGUUAUGGUGGGGCGCUUAGGCCUGGUGAAGGUGAUGCCAUUGCGCAGUAUGUUCAACAAGGGAAGCGUAUUCCGCGAAGAGGAGAAGUGGGUCUUUCUGCCGAGGAGAUUCAGAAGUUUGAGGGUCUUGGCUAUGUGAUGAGUGGUAGCAGGCACCAGAGGAUGAAUGCCAUUCGUAUUAGGAAAGAAAACCAGGUUUAUAGUGCUGAGGAUAAGAGGGCAUUGGCCAUGUUUAACUAUGAGGAGAAAGCAAAGCGAGAGCACAAGGUUAUGGCUGAUUUGCAGCGGCUGGUUCAGCGCCAUAUUGGACAGGAUGUUGGUCCUACUCAUGACCCCUUUUCUUCCAAGGCCUCCGAGGAUCCUGAUGAUGAUUAAUUUCAUGUAUGUUUUGCUGUUAUCUGAGUUGUUUCUUCCUCUUCUUUCUAGAACUAUGCUUUCAAAGAACUAUUCAACUAUGUAUGUUACAAAUUGAUAUUGAGCAGUAGCACACUGUUGAAAUGGAUGCUAUGGUGAUGGUUAAUAUAUUCUGUUUCAGUGCUUGAAGUUAUAAUCUGAUUAGUGUUUUGUGUUCACUUAUAUAACAGUCUCUUUAUUGGUAAUAUGGAUUACUGGAAUUUUAAAAAGAAACUAAAUAAUAAUUUUUAUAGUUGAUGUUUUUGGGAUCAUGAAUGCUGCUUACUCUAUUAUUUAUUCUCUGCAAAUGAAUAAUUUACACCUGACAUUAAGUUGCUUUUGACAUCAGUUGUUUUUUGUCACUGAUCCCAAUUUUGGGUUCGCCUGCUGAGGUUUAAAACAUUUAUUGGAAAAUUGUUCUUUAUUCAUGUAGUUCUAUCUG